AGACCAUCCAUAUCAGAUGAAGGUGCUGGUAAUCUCAAGUCACAGAUCGGACCGCCCAUUCUCUUGGAAAAUCAUCUCCCGCCGUCAGAUCUAGGUCACCCGGCAGCCAUCCUAUAAAACCUCUCCAUCUCUCCUCCUUACUUCCGUCCCCGCCGCCACGCCAGAGAGGAGAGGAAGAGCGCGCGGAGAGUGAGAGCCCGGGAGCCGGGAGAAGCAGCGGCUGGGAGCAAGAUGGUGCAGCGCCUCACCUACCGGAAGCGGCACAGCUACGCCACCAAAUCGAACCAGACCCGCGUCGUCAAGACACCUGGUGGGAAACUUGUGUACCAGUACACCAAGAAGCGCGCGAGCGGACCGAAGUGCCCAGUCACCGGGAAGAAGAUCCAAGGAAUUCCACACCUGAGACCUGCUGAGUACAAGAGGUCCAGGUUGGCAAGGAACCAAAGGACUGUGAAUCGUCCAUAUGGUGGUGUUCUGUCUGGUACUGCAGUUAGGGAGAGGAUCAUCCGUGCCUUUUUGGUCGAGGAACAGAAGAUAGUGAAGAAGGUGUUGAAGAUCCAAAAGACCAAGGAUAAGGCCUCCAAGAGCUAGACGAUAUAGGCCACAAUGUUUGAGUCCAUUCGAAUUUAUUUCAGCAGGAAAAUUUCUCGCGGGUAUGGGGAAUCUUGGUACUUAUGCUAGUAGUAUGUGAGAUGGGUGUGGUUUAAAUUUUGAGCGUAAGUUGAGUUCUGUUAACUUGUUAAGUUCGGUGGAAUGUUUUAAACUAUGUGGAUGUCAGAUUUUGUUAAUGUUUGCGCAGUUUGCCCCAA